AUGACUUCCAUAAGAAACCUGGCUCGGGCUGCAAUCAUUUUAUGUGCCAUGUGCCUUUUUACAACCUCUGAUGGAAGACCAAUGGUGAAAAGGUCAGUGAGUGAGAUGCAGCUGAUGCAUAACCUGGGCGAGCAUCGGCACAUGGUGGAGAGGCAGGACUGGCUGCAGAUGAAGCUGCAGGACGUGCACAGUGCCCUGGAGGACGCUCGCACCCAGAGGCCCCGCAGCAAGGACGACGCAGUGCUGGGCCGCAGGCUGCUUCCGGAGCACCUGAAGAAAUCCGUGGAUCUGGACAAGGCUUACAUGGAUGUCCUCUUCAAAGCAAAGCCGUAG